UGCUGCAAACCAAUGUGAGUAGCUGACAUUUAACCAAAGCCGCCGCCCCCUUCUUUCCCUCACUAGGCUCCACUGUUUUCCUCCUUUACGGACUGACCGCGACAGCUGCCAAUGUUUAACUUGUCUUCGUGAAAGUUGGGAACCAACCGAAGGCAUGCCGCUGGCUCGCAGCCUAUCUGUCACGUCCCUAUCAGGGCUUGACGAGUGGGACGAGGAGUUUGAGUUGGAGGAUGCUGUCCUCUUUGAAAUUGCUUGGGAGGUUGCCAACAAAGUUGGAGGCAUCUACACUGUCAUCCAGACCAAAGCCCGUAUGACCGCAGAGGAAUGGGGGGAGAACUAUUUCCUGGUGGGUCCCUACGUGGAGAGCAACGUACGAACCCAAGUGGAGCUGAUCGAGCCAACCAAUCCUGUGUUGAAGCGGACCAUAGACAAAAUGAACGCUAGUGGCUGUAAGGUCUACUUUGGGCGCUGGCUUAUUGAAGGCAGUCCUUAUGUAGUUCUGAUUGAUGUUGGCUUCACCGCCUGGUCUCUGGACCGCUGGAAGAGCGAGCUAUGGGAGCUCUGUGCCAUUGGCGUGCCGUGGUUUGACCGUGAGGCCAACGACGCUGUGCUGUUUGGCUUCCUCACCGCCUGGCUCUUGGGAGAGUAUGCAGCUCAGUCUGAGGAACCUCCACACAUUGUGGCCCACUUCCACGAGUGGCUGGCUGGUCUGGGCCUGGUGCUGUGUAGACAGCGGCAGCUUCCAGUUGCAACUAUCUUCACCACCCAUGCUACACUGCUGGGUCGUUACCUGUGUGCUGGAAAUGUGGACUUCUACAACAACCUCGCAGAGUUCAACGUUGAUAAAGAAGCUGGAGAUCGGCAAAUCUACCAUCGCUACUGUCUGGAGCGGGCGGCUGCACACUGCACUCAUGUCUUCACCACUGUGUCACAAAUUACAGCCAUUGAGGCCGAGUACCUACUCAAGAGGAAACCUGACAUCGUCACUCCAAACGGGCUCAACGUGAAGAAGUUCUCUGCUAUGCACGAGUUUCAAAACCUCCACGCUCAGAGCAAGAGUCGCAUUCAGGAGUUUGUCAGGGGUCACUUCUACGGGAACCUUGACUUCAAUCUGGACAAGUGUCUUUUCCUCUUCAUUGCCGGAAGGUAUGAAUUCUCCAACAAAGGUGCAGAUAUCUUCCUAGAGGCUUUAGCCAGACUCAACUAUCUACUGAGGGUGAACCACAGCGAUGUGACUGUUAUAGCUUUCUUCAUCAUGCCAGCUCGGACCAACAAUUUCAAUGUGGAGACUUUGAAAGGCCAAGCAGUUAGAAAGCAGCUCUGGGAUACAGCUCAGACUGUGAAGGAGCGCUUUGGAAAGAAACUUUAUGAAUCACUGCUAGUCGGUCAGCUGCCAGAUGUUUCAAAGAUGCUGGACAAAGAGGACUUCACCAUAAUGAAGCGUGCCAUCUUUGCGACUCAGAGGCAAUGCCAACCUCCCGUCUGCACCCACAACAUGCUGGAGGACAGCAGCGACCCCAUCCUGAACUGUGUCCGCCGCAUCGGCCUUUUCAACAGCUCUGCUGACAGAGUCAAGAUCAUCUUCCACCCGGAGUUCCUUUCAUCCACUUCUCCUCUGCUUCCCAUGGAUUAUGAGGAGUUUGUCAGAGGUUGCCACCUGGGUGUCUUCCCGUCUUACUAUGAGCCUUGGGGUUAUACACCAGCUGAGUGCACGGUGAUGGGCAUUCCAUCUAUAUCCACUAAUCUGUCGGGUUUCGGAUGUUUCAUGGAGGAACACAUAGCAGACCCCUCUGCGUAUGGUAUCUACAUCCUUGACCGGCGCUACAAGGGUGUCGACGAGUCCUGCAACCAGCUCACUUCCUUCCUUUUCCAGUUCUGCAAGCAGAGUCGACGCCAGCGGAUCAUCCAGAGGAAUCGCACAGAGCGCCUGAGUGACCUCCUGGACUGGAGAUACCUUGGCAGAUAUUACAUAGCUGCCCGCCAUAUGGCCCUGGCCAAAGCCUUCCCUGACACCUUCAUAUAUGACCCUCAUGAGCCUUCCUCGGCUUCAGGCUUCCGCUACCCUCGACCAGCCUCAGUGCCUCCAUCUCCAGCUCUGUCCCGCCACUCCUCGCCGCACCACAGCGAGGCUGAAGACAACGACGAGGACGAGCGCUACGACGAGGAGCUGGAGGCCGAGAAGGAUAGGGUGAACAUCCGUCAGCCCUACACCAUGCCUGUUAAAGGCAAAGUCAUCCUUGGAGCCAAUGGGAGCGGGGAGGAAGAGGCUAGCGAGAAAAACUGAGGCGUGCUCUCUCAUAUGCAUUACAAUAUCAUGCUGAACCUCACUAGUGAAAAAAAAUUAUCUGUUGCAAUCAUUAGUCAUCCUUGCACUACAAACUUGAUAAAUGGGUGCAGCUGUAUUCAUGUGUGAUGAAUUUCGUAGUGGCUUUCUGUGAAAAGGAGAACAUCACUGUCUGUGUCUUCCCAACCAAUGCUUACCUCAGAACCUUAAAAUUGUCUGUUAGUUUUGGUAUUUUAUUUUUCAAAUACACCAGCACUGUAACCAUUAGGCUGGAAGCAUAGGUACAGGAACCAGUCAACUAAAAUGGUAGCAAAGCCCUGUGUUCAUGGUAGAGGGCUAACGGUGAAUAAUUUUGGUCUAAAGCAUUAAUAAGCUAACAGAUUCAUUAACAUUUAUUCUAACAAGUGGUCAAAGUGUAGACAAAAAGAUCACCAUUGGCCUCCAUCUUUUCACCAGCUUGACCUCUUUAUAUGAAACAAUCCUCCGUUUGUUUUUUCAAAAAUGCCUUGUUUACCACAAACAUCCCAGACUGGAAAUGAGAUGGACAGCACACAGACACGCCCAGAAACUAGCAGCAUUGAAUACAAGGGAUUUUAUAAAAACAAAAACCUCUGCUGGAACUCGGCAUGAUGUGUGUUUUUCGUCUUGUUUUCUUUUUUUUUGCCUUAUUGUAUAGGUUUUCCGACGGUCGCUAAUGAGCCACAUUUUUACAUCCGUUAAAACAUCAACAUAUGCACUUGUGUGGAGAUUUGUUGAUCUUGUUUAAGGAAGUACUUGUUUGUGAAAGUGGUAAAAGAAGCGUUGUGCUUUAUUUGUGAAGCAAGAUGAAGGUUGGAUGAUGGUCUUUACCAGGGAUGUCCUGUCUCUGUCACUCCUCUGUAUGAAUUAUAUUGUUUGCUCCAGUGUUGCACCUGUUAAACUAAAAAUAAAAUGGGAAGAUCUA